UUUUAUUUUUGUUGUGGUUUUGUUUUGAGAGCGUUUCGUGAAGCCCAAAUUGGCGUCCCUCCUGUGGUGGAGGACAGCCUUGAUUUGAACGCCUGUUUCUCCUUCUUCCACCUCCAAGCGCUGAGCUCAUAGGCCGGCGCUCCCACACAUGGUUGAAAUGGAGUCCCUCAGGAUACGGUGGAGAAAGUUCUCCAAAACAAAGUGCCUGAAUUCAACAAGGGAUGGCACUGGCCUUGAUCCACCCUAGCAAGCGUGCAUACUCUUUGGCUCCCCUGGGUCUGAAGGAGGAGCUUCAGGGAUUCAGAGUUGAAGGAGACAGAAAAGGCCUUGGGCAGGAGCCGUUGAGCAGACAGUUCAGGCAGCUGCGCUAUGAGGAAAGCACUGGACCGCGAGAGGUUUUACGCCGACUCAGGGAGCUCUGCAGACAGUGGCUGCAGCCUGAGACCCGCAGCAAGGAGCAGAUCCUGGAGCUGCUGGUGCUGGAGCAGUUCCUGACCAUCCUGCCACGAGAGCUGCUGGUCCGGGUGCUCGAGCACCACCCCGAGACUGGGGAGGACCUGGUGGGAAUACUGGAAGAUUUGCAGCGAGACCGUGGAGGAGCAGGACAACAGAAGGACCCAACCCAAGGAAACAGACAGACUGUGCUGGUCCUGCCUGAGCGGGAGGUGCGGAAGCCUGAGCCUGAGGUGCGGGCGCCUGAGUGGGAGGUGAAGAAGCCUGAGCGGGAGGUGCAGAAGCCUGAGCAGGAGGUGCAGAAGCCUGAGCGUGAGGUGCGGACGACUGAGCAGGAGGUGAAGAAGCCUGAGCGGGAGGUGCAGAAGCCUGAGCGGGAGGUGCAGAAGCCUGAGCGGGAGGUGCGGAAGCCUGAGCGGGAGGUGCGGACGACUGAGCAGGAGGUGAAGAAGCCUGAGCGGGAGGUGCGGAAGCCUGAGAAGGACAAGGGUAAGGAAACAAGGAAUGGGAGUGGGAAGCUUGUUAUAGUGACAGACCAUUGUGGAAGAAUCAAAUCAUCUUGUACAACAUCUAAACCCAUGGAGGCCCACAGUGAGAACUUGCACUUCAAAAAGCAACCAACCAUGCCCAAGGAGAAAACUAGCAGCCAAUGCUUGGAAACUAAGGAGGGACUUGUCCAGCACUCAGCCCUGACUGAACAUGAAAGGGCACAUGCAGGAGAAAAGUCUCGUGAAUCUGUAGUGUGUCAGAGUUCUGUUCCUACUGAGCAACAGGAAGUCCUCUCUAAAGAGAAAGGUCACCCCUGCCACGAGUGUGGGAAAGUCUUUCAGAGGAGUUCACACCUCAUCAGACAUCAGAAAAUCCAUCUUGGUGAGAAGCCUUACAAGUGCAAAGAGUGUGGGAAAGUCUUCAGCCAGAAUGCAGGCCUUUUGGAACAUCUCAGAAUCCACACUGGAGAAAGACCCUAUCUGUGUAUCCAUUGUGGAAAGAACUUCAGAAGAAGCUCUCAUCUUAAUCGACACCAAAAAAUCCACAGUCAGGAGGAGCCCCGUCAGUGCAAGGAGUGUGGGAAAACCUUUAGUAAGGCCCUGCUCCUCACCCACCAUCAGAGAAUCCACGGCCGUGCCAAAAGACAUUAUUGUAACGAGUGUGGGAAAGGCUUCAGUUUGACUUCCGACCUUAUUCGACAUCACAGGAUUCACACUGGAGAAAAACCUUUCAAGUGUAAAGUGUGUCAGAAAGCCUUCCGUCUAAACUCACAUCUAGACCAGCAUGUCAGAAUCCACAAUGAAGAAAAACCCUAUCAGUGUAGUGAAUGCAAAGAAGCCUUCAGGCAGAAGUCAGGUCUCUUUCAGCAUCAGAGACAUCACCACAAGAGCAAACUGGCUUGACGAGGUUCUCUGUUUGAGAUAUCGGAACGUUACAUUGACAAGCAAACAGUGCUUUUUAAAAAGUCACCUUGGCAAGAGUUCUUGGAGGCCAAAUUGGAAGCCAUUUGCCUCCAUUGUUUUUCUCUCCUUUGUUUUAAAGCCAUAAUGAGACUAUAAUAAUUUCACUUUAGGUGGUGGGAUCAGAGUUAAACAAUUCUUCACUAGAAGACUUCUCAGAGCUUUUAAUGUGAUAAGUACAUGAUUAUUUAUUUCUAAGUAAUAGCCUCAUGUAUGAAUGAAAUCUUUGAAAUCAGCAAGUCAAGUGCCUACAGAUUUAUACAGAAUGAGAGCAAGCUGAUUAUUUUUGCAAGUACUAUAGCAGCAGGCUCCUGUAAAAUAAAACUAAUGAGGGUGGGGGGAUGGUUCAGUGGCUAAACCAGUUCCUAUGCAAGUAUAAGGACAAUAUUUUGGAUCCCCAGCCCCCAUGCAGAAGUCAAAUGGGUAGAAGUCAAAUGGGUAUGGUGGCCUGAAUGUGGUCCUACCCCUCAGGAGGCAGAAUGGAAUCUUUAGAGCAAGUGGAUUAGCCAGACUAGCGUUAUCAACAAACAUGGAUUCAGGUGGGAGAAUUUGGAGAGCAGUUGGUGGAAUGAUCAAGGAAGACUCCUGAUAUUAAUCCAAUUACACGUGCACCCACACACAUGUCUACCCCACACAUGCACACAUCACACAUCACACACACACACACACACACACACACACACACACACACACACACACACACACACGAUAAAACAAAACCCCAAGGGCUGGAGUGGUGACUUGGCAGCUAACAUUGCCUGCUCUUGCAGAGGACCCAUCCGUUUGCAGUUCCCUACACCUACAUAACAGUUCACAACCCCAGUUCUGGGGAUCUGAUGCCCUCUUCUGGCCUCCUUGGGCUCCUGUACACAAAUGGUCCACAUAAACUCACACAGAUGCACACAUACACAAAUAAAAAAAAUGGUUAAAAAAAUUAAGCCCAAAAUAAAUCUAAUAAUGCUUGGAAAUAGACAUUCUCAAGAGUCUAACAUAGGUUAACUAAACGUUUUCCUACUGGUUUCACUCACACACUGACCUUGUAUCCACUUUACCCAUGAACCAUCAGUGAGUGCCCUUCAGAAAGCAAAGAUAGUUUUUUUUUGUUUUUUUGUUUUGUUUUGUUUUGUUUUUUUGUUUUUUGUUUUUUGUUUUUGUUUUUUUUUUUUGCUGUUUAACUAUGGAGCCUGCCCCUCCUGGGUUGGCUCCUAUCAUUUUACAUUUCCUACCUAUUUUAACCACAGUGUCACACUGUUAUAAAUCAAAGUUUUACGUGAACUAUGCAGGAGACUGAGUCAUUUGAGUGACCUGUGUUGAAUUAAUCUAAACAGCAACUUUCUUGCUUAGCAGUUUCUAGUGCCAUUACAGUGACUAAUUGAAAAACACUUUUUAAUGAAUGUCCCAUGGGGGAAAAUGACUUUCCCUUUGAUACCAAUGAUGACAUUUUAAAUGAUAUUUAUUUUGAAAUAAUUUUGACCAUUAAGAUCAUCUUGGAGAGAUGAUCGUGGUCAUUGUGUUAUUGACUGUCUUGCUAGUGAUGAAAAAUGAGCUUGGAGGAGUCUUCCCAGGCAUAUUACCAGAAUGGUAGACUUGCUUCUGGGUUGGGAAUAGCACAGGGUAUAGUUCUCCAAACUCUCCUUUGUAAGUUAUGCAACUCUGGGAAGGAAAGUGGACCCCUGUAGUGAUUCCAGCUUGGGGUCAUACACUUCUUGUCCAACAGAGAAAGCUGGAGUCAGUCAAAGACUGAUCCAUGGUAUCACUACUGUCUGAGUCUCGGGCCUUUCAGCCCCGUCAUCAUAGUCACUCAUCAGUUUUUAAGAAGGCCAUGUGAUGGCUGAAAUUGCAACUGUCAUGGAAAGUGUGGACAGAAGGUUAAAAAGAGGCUCCUGGUUAAGUCGGCCAUGUUGAGCAGCUUUCCCCAAAUUUGCUUAGCAUGUAUAUCCUAGGCCAAAACUUUGACAAAGGAAGCAGGCAAAGGUCUUGUUUUGUGCAGAGCUAAAACUGUGGCUGAAGGGAUAAAAGGGAAGGUAGAUGUCAGAACCGCACCUGCCAGUCCCUGGCCUGUCCCUCCACUUAGAUCUGACUGGCAGCAAGCUGACCAGAAGCACAGCACCGUUUUCUAUGGGGAGACCAGAUGUGUGAGCAGUAGAUGCGGCUCAUUGAAACACUGAAAACCUCCAUGCAAAGUCAGUCCUGCUGCUUAUAAGCUAAGAAACCUAUUUUUUCUUCUGCCUUUACAAGAAAAUUAAGUUGAGGUCAUGGGUACUUUUCCCAAAUAAUUUGAGGGCUAUACUGAGAUCAGUGCCUAAACACUUAGCUCCGUGUUAAAAUUUAAAAAAAAAAAAAAAAAAAAAAAAAGAUUCUUUUCAGUUUAAUGAGGAAGCAUAUAGAUGUCUUGUUCUUAUGGAAAAAUUUAAAAUCUGAAGCCCUGUAUACUCUGAAUUACUUGGAUAUUUGGUCUAGGCUUUCUCAUAUUUGGUCAGGAAUUUCUCUUUGGGUAGUAUCUGUCCCUUCAAUAUCCAAAUACAGAGUGAAGUAGAAGACUGGUUGUCGCCACCCACUCAGUUCUCCCAUUUAUAGAAGAUAAAUGCAGUUAUAUGGCUUACCACUACAGAAAGAAUAUAAGCAAAUAAAAAUAGGAGGAAGUUGCCAGGCAGUGGUGGUGGUGGUGGUGGCGGUGGUGGCGCCCGCCUUUAAUCCCAGGAGGCAGAGCCAGGCGGAUCUCUGAGUUCAGGGCCAGCCUGGGGUACCGACUGAGUUCCAGGAAAAGGCGCCAAAGCUACACAGAGAAACCCUGUCUCAAAAAACCAAAAAAAAAAAAAAAAAAAAAAGUAACUGGUUGUCUACAUCAUAUCUUCAUAAAUUCUUAAUUAGCUUAUCUUUACUUCUGCCUCAGCCACACACACACCCCAACUCUGGGAUUAAAGGUGUUCACCAUCAUGCCCAGCACUUGUGAUAGAAGAUAGAUUUGUGAUAGAAGCUUGUAUUGUAUUUUUUUAGUAAUUUUUAAAGAUACAUAUCUUUUUUAAAUAAUAUGGUGUAGGGGGUGUCCAAGUAGGCCAGAGUUGUUAGAUCUCCCUGGGAGCUGGAUUUAUAGGCAAUGAGCUACCCAGUGUGGGUGUUGGGAAUUGAACUCUGUAUGUUUUGCUAAGUCAUCUCUCCAGCCCUAUAACAAUACAGUAAUAUAAUACAACCAAAACACAGCCUGGAAGCUGACACUGUGUUGUAUAGGAGACUGAAGCAGGGGGAUCACAGGUUCAAAUACAGCCUGAGCUACACGUUAAGACCCUGUCUCAAAACAAGCGCUAAGGAUAUAUCUCAGUGGUAGGGCAUCUGUGCAGCAUGUGUAUGGGCCUGGCUUAGGUCCCCAGCACCACCAAGUUAAGUCUUAGCAUAUGACGAAUCUCCUUGAUGUUUAACUCUUACAUCCAUACAAAAACCUGCAUGUAGGUAUUUAUAGCACUUGUCAUUCCUCAACCUCAGAAGAAAGCUAGCUAUCCUUCAGUAAAUAGAGCCUAUUUUAGAACAUGCUUUCUGUGUCUAUUGUUGAACAUCCGUUUACAUGCCGAUCAAUCAUUUAUCACUGGUUGUGUGAAAGUGAUGGUCUUUUUCUGGCUUUUCUAUUAACAUCUUCUACUCCUAAACAGCAUGGCCCUUAAAACUUAGAGAACUAUCAAAAUUUUAAAUGUAUAUUACUUUUUGUCAGUUUGUGUGUUGUAUUUGCACAACAAAUAUAUUUAAAACACUGUAAAAACAUAAUUUAAUUAUUGAUAGUAUAAAGAAUACUUUCUUAUGGAAAUGGGAAUGUUGACAGUACUGUGAAGAGUCUAUAAAGAGUUUAAAGUUUCAAAGUCAUUUUUAAUAAAAUUAAGCUUUAAAAGAA